CCGCAGCAGCCGCAGGAAUAUGCUGGAAGCCGGCGGGCGGGCGCCCGCGAGGUGCUGAAGGGACAGUUCCCGCCGCCGAACUUACCCGGCGGGUGGGGCGGCCCGGGAGCCGGCGGGGCACGUGAGCGAUGGAGACCAUCUGGAUCUACCAGUUCCGCCUCAUCGUGAUCGGGGACUCCACCGUGGGCAAGUCGUGCCUGCUGCACCGCUUCACGCAGGGCCGCUUCCCGGGGCUGCGCUCCCCCGCCUGCGACCCCACCGUCGGCGUGGACUUCUUCUCGCGCCUGCUGGAGAUCGAGCCCGGCAAGAGGAUCAAGCUGCAGCUCUGGGACACGGCGGGGCAGGAGCGGUUCAGAUCAAUAACUCGAUCUUAUUACCGCAACUCAGUUGGUGGCUUUUUAGUAUUUGACAUUACUAACCGACGAUCUUUUGAACAUGUGAAAGAUUGGCUAGAAGAAGCAAAAAUGUAUGUACAGCCAUUUCGGAUUGUAUUUCUGCUAGUGGGACAUAAAUGUGAUUUAGCUUCACAACGUCAAGUUACAAGGGAAGAAGCUGAAAAACUAUCGGCAGACUGUGGAAUGAAAUAUAUAGAAACCUCAGCAAAAGAUGCUACAAAUGUUGAAGAAUCCUUCACAAUCUUGACAAGAGACAUAUAUGAACUUAUUAAAAAGGGAGAAAUUUGUAUUCAAGAUGGCUGGGAAGGGGUUAAAAGUGGUUUUGUUCCAAAUACUGUGCAUUCUUCUGAGGAAGCAGUGAAGCCCAGGAAAGAGUGCUUCUGCUGACUUCAAACAUGCCAAAGAACUAACAAGAACAGAUUGGGUGUCAUUUCAGGAUAAAUACCAACAUUAAAAGCAGAACGAUGCAAUGAAAGCAUUAAAAAACCCACACUGACACUAUUUUGUAAGGUAUUUGAUUCGGAGCACUAUACUUACUUGUUAAACUACCAGAUUAGGUAUUUUGCUAAAUUAUCAGGCAAAGCAGACAACUUUUUCUUGAAACUGGCAUAUCUACAUAUUACCUCCAUUCUCACUUUGUCAGCAUACAGCUGACCUUAGUGUCCAGAUAUAUCAAUAUUACUCAUUUUUCUUGACAGUUCAAAAUGGAUUUUUUUGUAUAAUACAUAGUCUGAUUAAAAAUAUUUUAUCAGGAAUUACGUUAUCUUGAGUUAAUUAAGAUUGAAUAGUAAAGUGCAUUUAAAAGUACGCUGUUCACUUGCAAAAUAAACAAUCUCAGAAGUAUCAACUAAGACUUAAGUAACAGUUGUUGUUUAAGGUACCAGGGAUUUUUUUGUUGUUUUUUUUUUAACCGUUCUCUGAAUAUUUAUCCUCCUUUAAUUUUGCCUGAACAUAAGAAAAUGAGUUUUGUACUCAUUUUUGUUCCCCGAUUUGUUGCUCCUAAAAGUUUUAUGUUUUACAGAGAUAUGUAAGGAUCCAAGCAAAAUAUGCUAAGCAAGUAUUUGUAAAAAUAAAAAACAAAGGAUCACUCAGUAGCAAAUGUUCGAUGUUACUGUAUACUGUUUGUGUUUAGACAAGAAAAACAAAAUUUAUUUAUAUACUGACAUUUUCAAAGGUAGUAUAUGCAAUUUACCUUUAUUGUCAAAAUUAUCAAUAUAGGUAAAUAUGGAAUGUUUUUAAUAAUAGCAUUUUUGUCCAAGUAAACUUCCAAAUUUUUCCAUUUUCAAUACAAGAAGAAUGUAGAAAAGAUUUUUCUGGAUAAGGAAAAUUGGUUAGAUGUUUGAUAUAUUUAGCAUUCAAAUUGCAUUUUACAAAUCUCAACAGUGCAAGUGAAGAUAGAAUAAUUAGUCAAGGCAGUAAAAUGACUUUUGAGUUUCCUAAUUUUUAACUUACUGAUUAAACUUCUCUCCUGGAAGCGACAUUUUGAUCACAAUUCAAAUAUUUUAUAACGUACUCUAUUCUAUAAACUAUUCCUAAUCACAGAGGGGCACCAAAUGAAGCUGCAUUUUUGGAAUCAUAAUGUUUUUACUGUUAAACUGUAUAUAGUUGCUUCAUUUGUUUGAAAACCAAAGUGGUAUAGUAGAAAGAAUAUUUAACAAGAAAUCAGAGAACUUGAUUUUAAACUUGCCUGUGCAGUACCAAUACUUGACCAUGAGUAAGUCCCAUAACCUCUCUAAGCAUCAUUUUUCUAAUCUGUAAAAUGAGACUAAUAACUUGAGUUAUUGUGUUUCAUGGAAUUAUUUUGAGAAUCAAGUGAAUCAGGCAAAAAAGCUUUGUAAAUAGAGAAAGCAUUAUACAAAUGUGAGAUUGAUAACAGUUGCUCAUGGCCAUACUAUUAUAUUUAUAAUGGAUGAGAAGUUUGUUUUUUCCUUUCAUUCCUGUGCAGAGGGAGCAAAAAACGGUGUGUGAUUUCAAGGACCUGCGGGAAUUCUUGGUUGAUGCUUAUCCUCUACCCUUUUUUACCCUGAACCACUGCUCCUCUAAAGUGGAAAUGAUAGAGAGGGAAGUCCCUGGAGACUUAAUCCAAUCAAAAGUCAUGUUUGAAUGUGUUUUUUGUGCAUCUUUGAAGUAGAUAUUUACUUCUAUUUUCAAAUACUUGUACAUUUUCUAGGUUCAUGUAAGUAUUUUUUAAUAGUGCUUAUGGAGAGAAUAUAAAUUAUAACCAUAAAAAUUAUAAAUAUUUAUAUUGUCAACAUUUCCUUGAUAUUCUUAGGUUAAUUUCACAUUGAUUUCAAACUAUAAUCAACCAGGUGAGAAAGUACCUGUCCCCCAAAAUGUGAAGUAGUCUGUUUUUACUGUUACAGUCCAAAAUGGCAUAAACUCAAAUACUGAAUAUCUAACAACAGUUUAAAGUUCAGUCACCUGUGCCUACUUUUAAAGUUAAAUAGCUAAAAUAUAAAAUGUGAUUUAACUUUCAGUGGACACCUUUAUAAUAAUAUUGGGGGAGACUAAUAUUGGGGCUGAAGGAUAUUGUGUAUUCCAAGAUUGAAAAUAAGACUAAUGGCUGGGCGUGAUGGCUCGUGCCUGUAAUCCCAGCACUUUGGGAGAUUGAGGCUGGAGGAUCGCUUGAGGCCAGGAG